GUUGACGCGAAGGGAAAGGGUCAAACGUGAAAAUGGCUUCUCCGAAAACUGUUCCUAAAGAUGCACAGGUAGGAGUAAACAGUCUAAGGUACAAUUUGUGAAAUGUCAGUCUCAUUCAUUUAGCUACAGUGCCGAUGAGUGUUUAGUUAGAUGUCUAUUGUGACAGCUGAAUUAAAGUUUCUAGUUGAUUUUUGCAGGAUUGUGUCAAAGUUCGCUAGCUCACUCGCUAACGUGAGCUAACCUCGGUAACUAGCUAGGUAACUUAGCUACGCUAGCUGGUUAUUUAUUUGUCAGCUAGCUAACAUUAGAACUAGAAGAACGUACGCUCUAUUUAAAAUGUGUAUUUGUAGAGUAGCUGUCCAGCAAUAUAACUCCAUAUCAUUCUAACGUUAUUUGGUUGUUUUUGUGUAAUGGCAUCUACUUGCCUAUUGUAUUGGGAAUGUUAACUAGCUAGCUUGUUAGUUAGCAGGACAAGCUAACGUCAGCUGCUAACUGUUAUUGUUUUGUUAUUGUUUUGUAUGUGACCAUUUUAUUGGUCACAUACACGUGUUUAGCAGGUUAUUUCGGGUGUAGGGAAAUGCUUGUGCUUCUAGCUCCGACAGUGCAGUAAUAUCUAACAAGUAAUAUCUAACAAUUUCACAACAUAUACCCAAUACACAGAAAUCUAAGUAAGGAAUGAAUUAAGAAUAUAUACAUAUAUGGACGAGCGAUGUCAGAGCAGCAUGGCCUAAGAUACAAUAGAAUACAGUAUAUGCAUAUGAGAUGAGUAAUGCAAGAUAUGUAAACAUUUUUAAAGUGGGUAGUGUUCCGUUUCUUAAAGUGGCCAGUGAUUUCUAGUCUGCAGUGCCUAGCAAAAGUAUUCAUCCCCCUUGACGUUUUUCCUAUUUUGUUGCAUUACAACCUGUAAUUUAAAUGGGAUUUUUAUUUGGAUUUCAUAAAAUGGACAUUCACAAAAUAGUCCAAAUUGGUGAAGUGAAAUGAAAGAAAUAACUUGUUUCAAAGAAUUCGAAAAAAUAAAUAACUUUAAAGUGUUGUGUGCAAAUGUAUUCACCACCUUUGCUAUGAAGCCCCUAAAUAAGAUCUGGUGCAACCAAUUACCUUCAGAAGUUACAUAAUUAGUUAAAGUCCACUUGUGUGCAAUCUAAGUGUCACAUGAUCUCAGUAUAUAUACACCUGUUCUGAAAGGCCCCAGAGUCUGCAACACCACUAAGCAAGGGACACCAACAAGCAAGCAGCACCAUGAAGGAGCUCUCCAAACAGGUCAGGGACAAAGUUGUGGAGAAGUACAGAUCAUCUUGGGUUAUAAAAAAAAUAUCUGAAACUUUGAACAUCCCACAGAGCACCAUUUAAAUCCAUUAUUAAAAAAUUGAAAGAAUAUGGCACCACAACAAACCUGCCAAGAGAGGGCUGCCCACCAAAAAUCACGGACCAGGCAAGAAGGGCAUUAAUCAGAGACACAACAAAGAGACCAAAGAUAAUCCUGAAGGAGCUGCAAAGCUCCACAGCGGAGAUUGGAGUAUCUGUCCAUAGGACCACUUUAAGCCGUACACUCCAAAGAGCUGGGCUUUAUGGAAGAGUGGCCAGAAAAAAGCCAUUGCGUAAAGAAACGCAAACCCAACACCUCUCAUCACCCCAAGAACACCAUCCCCACAGUGAAGCAUGGUGGUGGCAGCAUCAUGCUGUGGGGAUGUUUUUCAUCGGCAGGGACUGGGAAACUGGUCAGAAUUGAAGGAAUGAUGGAUGGCGCUAAAUACAGGGAAAUUCUUGGAAUGGCCUAGUCAAAGCCCAGACCUCAAUCCAAUUGAGAAUCAGUGGUAUGACUUAGAGAUUGCUGUACACCAGCAGAACCCAUCCAACUUGAAGGAGCUGGAGAAGUUUUGCCUUGAAGAAUGGGCAAAAAUCCCAGUGGUUAGAUGUGCCAAGCUUAUAGAGACAUACCCCAAGAGACUUGCAGCUGUAAUUGCUGCAAAAGGUGGCUUUACAAAGUAUUGACUUUGGAGGGGUGAAUAGUUAUGCACGCUCAAGUUUUCUGUUUUUUUGUCUUAUUUCUUGUUUGUUUCACAAUCAAAAAUAUUUUGCAUCUUCAAAGUGGUAGGCAUGUUGUGUAAAUCAAAUGAUACAAACCCCCCCAAAAAAUCCAUUUUAAUUCCAGGUUGUAAGGCAACAAAAUAGGAAAAAUGCCAAGGGGGGUGAAUACUUUCGCAAGCCACUGUAUGUCUAUAGGCAGCAGCCUCUAAUGUGCUAGUGAUGGCUGUUUAACAGUCUGAUGGCCUUGAAAUAGAAGCUGUUUUUCAGUCUCUCGGUCCCAGCUUUGAUGCACCUGUACUGACCUCGCCUUCUGGAUGAUAGCGGGGUGAACAGGCAGUGGCUCGGGUGGUUGAUGUCCUUGAUGAUCUUUUUGGCCUUCCUGUGACAUCGGGUACUGUAGGUGUCCUGGAGGGUGGGUAGUUUGCCCCCGGUAAUGUGUUGUGCAGACCACAGCAACAAAAUGGAGUCGUGGUCAGAUUUGCCGAAAGGAGGGCGGAGGAGGGCCUUGUAAGCAUGAGCCCCCUGAAAAUGUUACUUCAUGUUUGUCCAUGCAGCCACACAGCAUACUGCAUUUCUUGAUUCUUAUGUGCUCAUAUUUUGGUCCUCUGUAGGUCCUCUGUAGCUCAGCUGGUAGAGCACGGCGCUUGUAACGCCAAGGUAGUGGGUUCGAUCCCCGGGACCACCCAUACACAAAAAAAUAAAAAUUUAUGCACGCAUGACUGUAAGUCGCUUUGGAUAAAAGCGUCUGCUAAAUGGCAUAUUAUAUUAUUAUUAUUAUUGUAUUAUUUUUCCUUUGCAAAGGUUAUGAUCCAAAUCCUCAAAGACAUGGGGAUAACAGAGUAUGAGCCCAGAGUGAUUAAUCAAAUGCUGGAAUUUACCUACAGUAAGUAUACAUUAAACUCUCCCAGGUUAGUUAUGCUCAGUGUGCAAUAUUGCAUGCUAGUAGACACAAAUGUAUCAAGACAAUGAACAGCUGUCAUUUAAUCUAAUUUGAUUUUACAGGAUAUGUGACAACUAUUAUCGAGGAUGCCAAAAUCUAUGCAACACAUGCCAAGAAGAACAUUGUGGAUGCUGACGACAUAAGACUGGCGAUCCAGUGUCGAAUGGACCAGUCCUUCACCUCCCCACCACCACGAGAUGUAAGAUCGAAUAGCAGUGCCAAGACAGACAUGACAUAUUUCCCUAUUCAAAUGUUCAUAAAUUAUCCAGACUAACUCCUAACUAUGUUGUCUUUGCGUAGUUCCUGCUGGACGUAGCUAGGCAGAAGAACCAGACCCCUCUGCCCUUGAUUAAGCCAUACACUGGGCCCCGCCUGCCCCCAGACCGUUACUGUCUUACUGCUCCUAACUACAGGCUUAAGUCCAUACAGAAAAAGGUAGCCUCAUGUUCUGCUUUGCAGAUUUUACUGCACUUGCAAUCAAUGUUUAUUGUAUUCCAUUCUGUUCUCUUUUGAGAAUCAUUCUGACUGUUCCUCUUCUGUGCAGGUGUCCUCAUCUGCGGGGAGAAUAACAGUGCCUCGCCUCAGUAUAGGAGCUGUGUCCAGCAGGCCCAGCACGCCUACGCUUGGUGAGGGACCCUUUCGUGCAAUCAGUCUUUUCACUCAUAGUCCUUAUAUUUGACAUUGGGAUGUGGGUUUGCUUCCUGGUGUGCAGCCCUGUUGCUACCAUAUCUGCUGUAUUUUCUGUUUCAUUGCAAAAACAUUUACUCCUUCCUUUUUGCAUGUUUCCAGGCACUCCCUCAGUGCAGUCAGUCACGACCAAAGUGGGGACGCCAGUGUCACUGUCGGGGCAGCGCUUCAGCGUUCAGAUCCCAUCCUCACAGACUGCAGCCUCCAAGUCCUGUAAGACUAACCUUAAUUUCACACUGUUAACUUGCUUCAGGGGUUGCGCUGUUCUUAACAAUUUUUUUAAUACAUAAUGUUUCCGCUAUCAUUUCCUAUGACCGAAAAGAGCUUCUGACAUCAGAACAGCUAUCACUAACCUCAAUUUUGACGAGGACUGCUACUUCAAUGAGUUGAAGGCGAAAUACAUUGAUUAUCCCGGACCAGGCCCAAAUCCCUGACACUCGAAGAAGGGGAAGACGGCUCUAUAGAGGCUGGCGUGCGGGCACCCUGAUGAGACUACGGCGGCGAUUAAAUAAGUCGCUUCUACCCUCUGUUCUAUUGGCGAAUGUGCAAUCGCUGGCGAAUAAACCUGGACGAGCUCCGUUCGAGACUAUCCUAUCAACGGGACAUUAAGAACUGUAAUAUACUAUGCUUGUCGGAGUCAAGGACAUGGAUAAUAUACAUCUAACUGGUUUUUCUAUUCAUCGGCAGGACAGAACGGCAGAGUCCUGUAAUAUCAGAGGGGGUUGGUGUGUGUCUCUUUUAUUAACAACAGCUCAUGCGCAAUCUCUAAUAUUAAAGAAGUCUCAAGGUUCUGCUCGCCUGAGUUAGAAUACCUCAUGAUAAUCUGUAGACCAUACUAUCUGUGUUUUUCGUAGCUGUUUAUUUACCAUCACAAACCAAUGCUGGCACUAAGACCUCACUCAGCGAGCUGUAUAGGGCCAUAAACAAACAAGAAAAUGCUCAUCCAGAGGCGGCACUCCUAUGGCCGGUGAUUUUAAUGCAGGAAACUGAAAUCCGUUUUACCUCAUAUCUACCAGCAUGUCAGCUGUGCAACUAGAGGGGUUGGGGGGGGGGACUCUAGAUCACCUUUACUCCACACACAGAGACGCAUACAAAGCUCUCCCUUGCCCUCUGUUUGGCAAGUCGGACCAUAACUAUCCUCCUGAUUCCUGCUUACAAGCAAAAACUCAAACAGGAAGCACCAGUGAUGCGCUCAAUACAGAAGUGGUCAGAUGAAGUGGAUGCUAAGCUACAGGACUGUUUUGCUAGCACAGACUGGAAUAUGUACCGGGAUUCUUCUGAUGGCGUUGAGGAGUUUACCACAUCAGUCACCAGCUUCAUUUAUAAGUGCACCGACGACGUCCCCACAGUGACCGUACGUACAUAUCACAACCAGAAGCCAUGGAUUACAGGCAACAUCCGCACUGAGCUAAAGGCUAGAGCUGCCGCUUUUAAGGAGCAGGACACUAAUCCGGACGCUUAUAUGAAAUCCCGCUAUGCCCUCAGAUGAACCAUCAAACAGGUAAAGCGUCAAUACAGGACUAUGAUCGAAUCCGACUGCACUGGCUCUGAUGUUCAUCGGAUGUGGCAGGGCUUGCAAACUAUCACGUAUUACAAAGGGAAACCCAGCUGAGAGCUGCCCAGUGACGUGAGCCUUCUAUGCUCACUUCAAGGCAAGCAACACUGAACCAUGCGUGAGAGCACCAGCUGUUCCGAACGACUGAAUGAUCACGCUCUCCGUAGCCGAUGUGAGUAAGCGCUUUAAACAGGUUAAUAUUCACAAGGCUGCAGGGUCAGACGGAUUACCAGGACGCGUACUUGGAGCAUGUGCUGACCAGCUGGCAAGUGUCUUCACUGACAUUUUCAACCUCUCUGAUCGUCUGUAAUAUGUACGUGUUUUAAGCAAAUCGCCAAAGUCCCUGUGCCUAAGAACGGCAAGGUAUGCAGCAGGAAUGUAACAUAGGCUACCCGUAUUACCAAAUCUCUCAGGCUCACAACAAGGUAUCUGGGAGAGAGAAUUCAGAGGAUGUUCUGAUUACUGGCCCCCAUGAUGAAAUCGGGGCGGGACUUUGGAUCUGUCUCCGUCCGUUAGCACGUUUGUAUGUUUGUCACACGUGAUAUCUCAGACUGGAAUGGCCCAUUUUUUUAUGAAACUUGGUUGUAUGGUGCAUUUCGAUCCGACAUUUUCAAAAUUACACUGAUUGGCCAGAUGGAGGCACUAUAACAAGCAAUUAGAAAUGCACAUUUCCAAAGGUGGUUUGUCCAAAAGUCAUGAAAUUCGGUACAUCGGUCCCUCUCCUCACAAGGAACAAAUUUGCCUCAGGGAUCCAUAAGGUCCGCCAUGAUGGAUAUUCCGGCAUUUUUUAAAAUGUUGUGAAAAAAACUUAACGCUACUCCCCUGGCACUGAAUGACCGAUCUGCAAAAACUUUAUAUGUGGCAUGUAUGGACAAAGGUCUCUCAACGCCAUAUAUUCCAGACUAGUACCUAAAACAACAUAGCCAUAUUGGCCAAUAAACUUUCAUGUGGUCUGACACAUAAAUCAGUCACAGAUAUUUGUAUUGUAACAAAAUUUGGUACACAUGUUGAAAACACUGUGAAGACACAACACAUGCAAGAACAUUCAUAUCGACCACAAGGUGGCGCUAUAACUUGCACGUUUUGUUACUAUCAGCAUAGUCUACUUUGAAUUUGCCGGGGGGGCUACAUCAUUCGUGGGGGACGAAAUGUUUACUGUUGCAUUGUUUUUAUACAGAUAAUAUCAGCAAUAUAUGUUUUUUUUACCUAGAUAGUACUUGCACUGUAUAUCUCUGUUGAUCCUCAAUAGCUGUAAUGGACACUGAGUAACAUUCAGGAUGUCUAGGUAAUUAAAUUUAGUUGAAUAGUGAUAGCAUUGGUAUUAAGUCUAUUACAGUACCAGAGCUUUAGAAUAGUGAUGGCUAUUUAUGACAUCAGUUUGGAAUAGUAUACUUAUGCCACUGUGGUGUCUGGUUGAUUAUAAUAUGGAAAUGUAGAUUAUGUGGUGGUUGAUGUAGCCUUAUUCUAUCCAACAUGAUUGAAUUGAAUGUAAUUUUGUUUGGGGGGGAAAUCUAUGUGAUAUUGGGGUGUGUGUAGUGGUCAGUUUCUGUAGUUUUACUGACUCCUCAUCAUAUAAUGAUCAAAGACGAAAGAGAUUGAGAGAAAUAUGACAGUGGGCAGACACAGAAACCUCUUGUCACACCUGCACCCGCUCCCCCUCCCUUGCGCUCGAGGGCGCCAGGCUGCCCAUCAUUACGCACACCUGUCACCAUCGUUACGCACAUCAGUGCUUCAUUGGACUCACCUGAAUUUCAUCACUGCUUGGUUACCUCCCCUAUAUCUGUCUGUUCCUCAGUUUGAUCCCGGUGUCUGCAUUGAUGUUGUUUUGUUUCUCUAGUCCAGAUGCUGUUCUUGCUUUGUUUCAUGUCUAUUUAUUAUUAAAUCCUCACCCUGUACUUGCUUCCUGUCUCACAGCGUCUGUCGUUACAUCAACACCAUCAUCCCAGGAACCCUGGACCCACUACAAUUCGCAUACCGCCCCAACAGAUCCACAAAUUAUGCAAUCUGUAUUGCACUCCACACUGCCCGUUCCCACCUGGACAAAAGGAACACCUACAUGAGAAUGCUGUUAAUUGAUUACAGCUCAGUGUUCAACACCAUACUGCUCUCCAAGCUCAUCACUAAGCUAAGGACCCUGGGACUGAACACCUCCCUCUGCAAAUAAUCCUGGACUUCCUGAGGGCCCCCCCAGGUGGUGAGGGUAGGCAACAACACAUCCGCCACGCUGACCCUCAGCACGGGGGCCCCUCAGGGGUGCAUGCUCAGUCCCCUCCUGUACUCCCUGUUAACCCAUGACUGCGUGGCCACACAUUACUCCAACACCAUCAUUACGUUUUCCAACGACACGACGGUUGUAGGUCUGACCACCGACGACGAUGAGACAGCCAAUGGAGGGAGGAGGUCAGUGACCUGGCAGUGUGAUGCCAGGACACCAACCUCUCCCUCAACGUGGGCAAGACAAAGGAGCUUAUUGUGGACUACAGGAAAUGGAGGGCCGAACUCGCCCCCAUUCACAUCGGGGCUGUAGUGGAGAAGGUCAAGAGCUUCAAGUUCCUCGGUGUCCACAUCACUAAGGACCUAGCAUGGUCCAAGCACACCAACACAGUCGUGAAGAGGGCAUGACAAUGCCUCUCCCCUUCAGGAGGCUGAAAAGAUUUGGCAUGGGCCCUCAGAUCCUCAAAAAGUUAUACAGCUGCACCAUUGAGAGCAUCUUGACUGGCUGCAUCACCGCUUGGUAUGGCAAAUGUUCAGCAUCCGACUGCAUACGGCCCAAUACAUCACUGGGGCCGAAUUCCCUAUCAUCCAGGACCUCUAUACCAGGUGGUGUCAGAGGAAGGCCCUAAAAAUUGUCAAAGACUCCAGCCACCCAAGACAUAAACUGUUCUCUCUGCUACCGCACGGCAAGUGGUACCAGUGCACUGAGUCUGGAACCAAAAGACACCUAAACGGUUUCCACCUCCAAGCCAUAAGACUGCUGAACAGUUAAUCAAAUGGCUACCUGGACUAUUUACAUUGACCCCCUUUAUUAUUUAUUUCUUUAUCUUAAUUGUUUUACACUGACUCCCUUGCACUGACUCCGUUGCACUGGCACAUUCACUAGACUACCCACUCACACAUACAACACACACACAUACACACUACAUACACAACACACAUGCUUAUUGAUGCCACACACUUUCACACUCUUCACAUACACUGCUGCUACUCUGUUUAUUAUAUAUCCCGAUUGCCUAGUCACUUCUACCCCUACCCACAUGAUACUGUAUUACCUCAACUACCUCGUACCCCUGCACAUUGACUCUGUACUGGUACUCUUUGUAUAUAGCCUCAUUAUUGUUUUUAUUGUGUUAAUAUUAUAUUAUAUAUUAUAUUUAGCAAAUAUUUGUCUUUUUUUAACUCUACAUUGUUGGGAAUGGGCUCAUAAGUAAGCAUUUCACUGUAAAGUCUACACCUGUUGUAUUCGGCGCAUGUGACCAAUACGAUUUGAUUUAAUUCAAGUCUCUCAGAUGUUUCAGUUCACUGAAUAAAAUGUGCGUUUUAAAUGUUCAUAAUAAAUCCUAAUAUUUUUGUCUUUGUUUUCGGACAGCCACACCAUCCACCCCAAUGGUACAAAACGUCCUCAUCAACCCCUCCCUGAUCGGCUCCAAGAAGAUCCUCAUCACCACCAACAUGGUGUCACAGAACUCGGCCAGCGAAUCGCUGAAGAGGAAGCAUGAAGACGACGAUGACUAUGAUGCAUUAUGACCUCAUGGAUAAUCUGAAAAAGGAGUCAACGAGAUGAAAUCAAGAGUGUGCUGUAAAUAUAGUAGAAGGUAGUUUUGAGGUUAGCCAGCAAGCCUACAAUUCCCCCAGCACUGUUGUGGACAUUUAGUAAGUGUAGUGUCAUGCCUGUUUGCCACUAAUUUUGUAUAUAAAAAUAAAAAAGUU